GCCUGGCUGGCACCACCAACAGUCACCACCAAAACAACAAAAUCAUAUUCUUUCCACACCAGACUUGUUCAGGGAAUUUGUCCUGGUUCUGUUGCCAACAUGAGGUUCACUACUUUUGCCCUGCUAGCCGCUGUGGCUAUUGCUUCGCCUACGAAGGAGCUCACCAGCCGCUCUGAGCUGGCUCGUCGCCAGGCUACUGAGACCUGCACAAUUGGAUACUGUACACAGAAUGGUGGCACUACUGGUGGUUCCGCCGGUGACACCGUCACUGUGACCGACCUGGACAGCCUGACCGAAGCCGCCGAGAGCGAGGGUGCCUUGACCAUUAUCGUAUCUGGUGAAAUCUCUGGCAGUGCCAAAAUCCGCGUCGCAGCCGACAAGACCAUUUACGGUGAAUCCGGCAGCUCUAUUACCGGUAUUGGCUUCUACAUCCGCCAGGUUAGCAACGUUAUCAUGCGUAACCUGAAGAUCGGAGGAGUCGACGCUGACAACGGCGAUGCCAUUGGAAUCGACGAGUCCACCAACGUGUGGGUUGACCACUGCGAUCUCUCUGGUGAUCUCAGCGCUGGAAAGGAUGACUUGGACGGUCUUGUUGAUAUCAGCCACGGUGCUGAGUGGAUUACUAUUUCCAACACCUACUUCCACGACCACUGGAAAGCCUCCCUGAUCGGCCACUCGGACAGCAACGCCGACGAGGAUGAAGGAAAGCUGCACGUCACAUACGCCAACAACCACUGGUACAACAUUAACAGCCGUACCCCCUUGAUCCGCUUCGGAACAGUCCACAUCAUCAACAACUACUGGGACAGCCUGCUCCUGACCGGUGUCAACUGCCGCAUGGAUGCGCAAGUCCUGAUCCAGAGCUCUGCCUUUUCUAACUGCCCCGACGAGGCUAUCUUCUUUGCCGACUCUGACUACACUGGCUAUGCGGUUGUCGAUGAUGUUGACCUGGGUGGUUCCUCGAACUCUGUUCCCGAGGGCACUCUCACUCCGGACUCUCUGCCGUAUGAUGCGAUCGAGGCGCUUGGAUCUGACCAGGUCGCUAGCACUAUCCCUGAGACUGCUGGACAGAAGCUGUAAGUUAGCCAGGCAGUUGAAUAGCCGGAGGCCUGGACGGAGAACAGCCGGUUAGGUCGGGCUACGAAGGCCAUAGCACAGUUGGUUAUUAUGUACAUAGUUGUCAUUGCACAUAUCGUUAUACACAUAGUACCUUUGAUUGCCCUGCCUAUAGGCUAGGUCCUGUAGAACAUGACGUAGAUUGAAUAUCAAUACACGAAGGCAGGUUA